AUGCCUAUAUUGAACAAGAAUACAUCUGAUGAAAAUAGUCAAAAUGAUGAAGAGCCCUCUUCAUCCAGUGAAAAUGUUUUAAUUGAUCCUGCUGAGUCAGGGUCAUUACCUAAAAUCUCUUUAACAGAGACCGCUGAUUGUAGUUUCGAAGAAUUUUGCGAAAAUCUCAAUUGGUUUACUAGUGAUAAUGUAAGAAUUAAUAGCAGAUGUUUUUAUAAAAUUGAUGAAUCCGGAAAGAAAAUAACUUUCGAAAAUAAAAGACAUGCAAUUCGGAUAACAAGAGAAACUUCAUUUGUUGAACGAAAUAAUGGCACAACUUAUAAUAGCAUUCAUAGUAGCAUUGAUGCUGAAUCAGAAUUAUAUCAAGAGUUUAAUCUUGAAGACUCUUUCGAAGAACAAGUUAAUGAUAAUCUUGAAGUCUUUUACGAAGAACAAGUUAAUGAUAAUCUUGGAGGCUCUUUCUUAGAACAAGUUAAUGAUAAUAUUGAAGGCUCUUUCAAAGAACAAGCUAAAGAUAAUCUUGAAGGCUCUUUCAAAGAACAAGCUAAAGAUAAUCAUAUACACAUAUCUAAAAAUACCAUUCCAGAUCAAAUUCUUGUCAGCAUAAAAUCUCUGCAAUUCGAUUUAAGUCCAAUGAAAUCUGAUUUCAAGAAAUCAAUUCAUCUAGCGACCCAAUAUGCCUCUCAUAAUACGAAGCCUGCCAUUUCUCUCAAAAAACAAAUGCAAAAGGCGUUUCUUUUCCCUUUUAAUUAUCAUUCAAUGGUUUUCGACACGCUAAAAUUGGAUUUUUAUAUUUAUGAAUCUUUGUUAAAUACAAAGAAAAGGUUUGGACGUGUUAACGUUCGGUUGAAUGUUUUAAGACAAGCUAUUUUAGAUCGAUCUAAAUUUGAAGGGACUUUUCCUAUCGAAAACAAUGAAUUAUUCCAUCCUUAUGAUGUUGGUACCGUACAAAUAAGUAUAAGAUUCCAUUUCCGUAAUGACCCAGCCCUAACUUCGAUGAUAUACCGUUCAUCAUUCAUUCGAAAUGAAACAUUACCUAUGAUUACUCACGGAAUGGAUGGGAUUGGAGAAGCUAUUGAUCAUGAAAAUUUGAAUCUCAUAAUCUAUCCAGAAGCAAAAUCCAUUAGUAUAUUUAAUUUCAUAUUAAGUAAAAGCUCUAUGGAUGCAAUUAAUGAAUUAGCGGCCCUUUGUAAAGGGUUUACUGGUCAUGGAUGGAGGGUGACCAAAUUAGAGUUUAUGAAAGCUUACCUUUUAUUAGAAAAAUAUUAUGAUCAAAAACCAAAUCAUAUUACAGGAAAUUUAGUUAAAGAUAUCGAUAAAUUUGAAAAGGCUACAUAUUAUUUAAAAUUUUCUAUAGCAUCAUAUGGUUCUUUCCUCUUUACUUUGUUUGGGUAUGGAUAUGGUUUGGCGCCAAAAAAUGCCGUUAGGAUGCAUUCUGAUCGAAAGACUAUUCAAGAUUAUUUUAGCAUUAGUAAAGAUGAUAUUAUUUGUUGGGAAUUUGGAAAAAUGACUAUUUCUGUACCUAAUUAUAUGAUAAUUAGAGAUCCAAAGACAAAUUCGAUUAUAAUAUCUAUUCGAGGAACAUUGAACGCUGCAGAUGUUAUCACCGAUGUAUUGGCAUAUUAUGAACCGUGGAAAAAUGGAUUUGUUCAUCGUGGAAUGUUGCGUAGUGCACAAUAUCUUGUCAAAAAAUCUUUAAAAGAUAUUCAAGCUGCAGUAAAAAAAUUCAAAGUCAAUUCAAUACAAGUAAUAGGACAUUCAUUAGGUGCAGCCAUAUCAGGUCUUGUAACAAUACUUUUACGGAAACGAUGCAAAGAUCUAAUUGCAGAUGGAAUCGAUAUCCAUGCAUGGUGUUUUGCCCCCCCUCCAUGUUGUUCACUUGAUAUUGCGUGUAAAAAAGAAACCAUGACUUAUAUCGAUAAUUUUGUGAAUGAAAAUGAUAUUGUCCCUAGAUUAAGUUAUGGAAGUUUUAUAGAUUUUAAAGAACUGAUUAAAUUUGUGGUUCACGAAUUAAAGAAUGAUAACUAUAAAAAGAUGUCUUCAAAAGAUAAGCUUUCCGCGUUAAUGGCAUCCAUUGGUGACUAUCACAAAAAUUUAAUAUCAAAUUCACGUGAACAAAAAUUAUAUAUCCCCGGCACAAUAUACUAUAUAUAUAAGAAACGCGAUUCUUCUAAUCCUUUAUUAAGAAGAGUUUUAUGUGAAAAAUCUAAACAAGAAUCAUUCACGGAUAUUUCUUUACGGAGAAAUUGGCUACUACACCAUCUUCCAGAAAAAUAUGAUAAAAGGUUGGGAAAGUUUAUAAAACGACUGGCUAAAAAAUCAACUGAUGGUAAAUCUUGA